AGAGUGAGACGUCUGUUCCUUCCUCUUGCUCGUUACACACGUAGCUCGCGGACAGCUGCUCUGUUCUCAUGUCUCCCCGGGUCUCUUUGCUUGUUUUCAGCACAACAAAUUCUGCAGUUCUCUGACAGCCUGCUCUUUCGGUGUGUCUUUCCCCAGUCAGUAGAGAUGAUCCGGUUCUGGUUCAAAGCGGCGGUUAUGCUCUGGCUCGUCCCUGGGUCUCUGGGAACCGCAGCCCGGCUGUACACAGAGGAGGACCCGCUGGUGAUCCUGAGUAGCAUCAGCCUGAAGCCCAGCGUCAUUAACUCGUCUUCGGCCUGGCUGGUCCAGUUUUUCUCCUCUUGGUGUGGACACUGCAUCCAGUACUCCAGCACAUGGAAGGCUCUGGCCCAGGAUGUCAAAGACUGGCAGCAGGCGGUCAAUGUGGCGGUGUUGGACUGCGCUCAAGAGGAAAACUUUGACAUCUGUAAAGAGUUUGGCAUCAAGUUCUACCCGACAUUCAAAUACUUUCGGGCUCACAGUCCAGAGACAGAAAGAGGGACGCCAUACAGAAGUGCAGACAGAGAGAUCCAGUCAGUAAGACAGUUGAUGGUGAACAUCCUGCAGAACCACACCAAGCUGGACCGGCCUGAUCACUGUCCUCCACUGGAACCGUACAGCUCUGUGGAGCUGCUCCCUCUGGUGGGUCAAAGGUCAGAUCACUACACCGCCCUUAUCAUAGAGGAACCAGACUCCUUCAUAGGACGGGAGGUGAUCUUGGACCUGCUGCAGUACUCAGGUGUGGAGGUAAAGAGAGCUCUGAGCUCUGAUCUCCCCCUGCUGGAUGCACUGAAGAUCACAACCUUCCCCUCUGUUUACCUGCUGCACCCGAACGGAACACACACACACCUGCAUGUUCAGAAGCGGUUGCGUUUCUUCUUCUCUUCCUUGUUGAGGACGUUACCAGGAGUUCAGCGCAAGUUGAAGUUGGGCAGCAGCAGCAGUACCAGUGAGAGCCAGAUGGGGGCACUGUCAGACAAACACAGCACCGAGCCCUGGAGAGACUUCGACAGGUCAAAGGUGUACGCAGCUGAUCUGGAGUCAGCCCUCCACUACCUGCUGAGAGUCGAGCUGGCUACCCAUAAUACCCUGGAGGGGGAGGAGCUGAAGAUCUUUAAGGACUUUGUCACUUUGGUUGCAAAGUUGUAUCCAGGUGGGGGUUCUGUAGUGAAGCUGAUGGAGACUCUCUCUGAUUGGCUGCUUAGUCUGCCACUACCGCAAAUCCCCUACCAGGCUGUCCUGGACCUUGUAGACAACAAGAUGAAGAUCUCAGGCGUGUUCCUCGGGGCGGAGCUUCGCUGGGUUGGUUGCCAGGGCAGCAGGGCGGGGCUUCGUGGUUACCCAUGUUCCCUCUGGACUCUGUUUCACGUCCUGACCGUCCAACAUGAUGCCACGCCCACUGCACUGGAGAACACAGGUCUGGAGGGCGAGGCGGCUCCAGUGCUGCAGGUGAUGCGGCGCUAUAUCCGGACGUUCUUUGGAUGCGAGGACUGCGGUCGACACUUUGAACAGGCAGCCACUGUCAGUAUGAAGCAAGUCCAGAACAGAGAGGACCAGAUCCUCUGGCUGUGGAACCAACACAACAUGGUCAACUACCGACUGGCUGGCUCUCUGAGUGAUGACCCCCUCUUCCCUAAAGCUCCGUGGCCGAGCCCCUCCCUCUGCUCCUCCUGCCACGAGGAGAAAAAUGGCGUCCACGUCUGGAACCACAGCAGCGUCCUCUUCUUCCUCAGACAACACUACGGAGCCUCCAAUAUAUCCCCUAAAUACUCGCUGACUCCCCCAAAACUUCUUGCACCUCCACCAGGUACUGAUCCUGAUCCUGGAAGAGGAGGAGGAGGAGGAGGAGGAGAGAGGAAGGAGCCGGAGGACAAAUUUGUGAAGCAGCCAGAGCCUCAACCCGGACAUCAGGCUCUGAGGGAGGAGGUUCUGGGAGGAGGAGGAGGAGGAGGUGUUUGGAUUCUUGGUCUGGGUUUCAACAGCGUGGACAUGAGUCUGUGUGUGGUGCUGUACAUCUGCUCCUGCCUCUUCCUCAUGCUCCUUUUCUUCUUCUUCAAAGUCCGAUCCAGGAGGUGGAAACUCCGUCAAUCCCGCCUCCACGUCUGACCAGAGCAGUUUAACCCAGACCAGACCAUUUUAACCCAGACCAGACCCUUUUAACCCAUACCAGCCCUUUUUAACAAGGACUAGACCAUUUUUACCCGGACCAGACCAAUUUAACUAGGAUCAGACUGGUUAACGGAGGUUAAAGUGGAUAUCUGUAGUCCGGUUCUGGACUCUGUGGGUCUCUCUGGUCUCUCUCAAAGAGGGACAUGAUGGGAGACCAGUCAGUAUACUGGGACUGAACUGGACCAGCCUGGUUCUUCUGAGUUCACUUUGUGCCAAAUGUUUUAACCUGCUGACAGACGGCAAACCUUUCUUCUAAGGCCACGCCUCAGUCUACCCAAACACUGGGCUUUGUGUGUGUGUGUGUGUGUGUGUGUGUGUGUGUGUGUGAGUGAGUGAGACUGUUUCUCUAAACUGUGACACAUAGACCCGUCCUGAUGAAUUAUUGUCAUUGUGGACAAACAGAUUAAUUGGAGGUAUUAUAAUAAUUAUCCUGCAGUUUUGAUGACUGCUGGCUUUUGAUUUUAAACACAAACUGCUGACAUUUGUAAAGGUUUUGAUUUGUACAAAUUAUUUGGUGAAUUUAAUGUGAGAAACUGAGGAGAACACUAGAUGAAGGGGGUUCAUACAAAUAUAUACACACACAUAUGUAAAUAUAUUUAUAUAUUAUAUAUGUGGGUGUGUAUAUACUGUAUAUAAUAAUUUUUUUAGCUAGUUUCUUUAAACAAUUGAAAUCCAUUUCUGGAUUUGAGUCAAAUAAUGAAAUGAAUCUUGAAACCUGAUAACCCAUCAGUUGAUCAACAUAUUAUAGUCUCUUAUAUCUGAUUAUUGACAAAAUAUGUCCCACUCUGUAAAAUAUAACAGUACAGUUCAAACAUUAGUAGCAACUAAAAACAAAAAUACAACAAAUGUUUCUAAAAAACA